AUGGAGAUUGCUCAGCCUCUACAAGAAGCUAUAGCGCAAACACCAUCUUAUAGAAAAUUUCUUAAAGACUCACUCGUCAAAAUGGAGAAAAUAGAAGAGGAACCAGUAAUCCUGACAGUUGAGUGCAGUGUUGUACUGAAACAGAACUUACCAGCCAAGAUGGUGGAUCCAAGAAGUUUCUCUAUACCCUGUCAACUGGGCAGUGUCUCUAUUCCUAGCGCACUGUUCGACUUAGGAGCGAGUCUGAGUCUUUUACCAAAGACCAUGUAUGACAAGCUGAACGUGGGUGAACUGAAAUCCACUAAAAUGAUUAUGCAGCUGGCAGACAAGUCAAUGAAGGCCCUUUGUGGGACCUUAGAGGAUGUACCACUUAAGGUUGGAAUGUCUAUGUUCUGGUCGACUUUGAGUAAUCGAUAUGGACAACAGAAAGGAUGA